CGAAACUGAGAGCUUACCACAACAUGUCUCAAGUGAAACAAGAUCAGAGAGAACUAAGGAUGGUUGGACUGGACUUGUACAAAGGAGUCGUCAGAGAUAACAAGAAAGCCGGUGUUCUAGAACCAGGUAUCUCAAAGAUAAAAUCCCUGAAGUUUGCCACAGAAGCCGCUAUUACCAUCCUCAGGAUCGACGAUAUGAUCAAAUUAGCGCAGGAACAGAAACAAGGCAGUGCUUAUCAGCAGGCACUCAGAUCUGGACAAUUAUAACUUUAAUUGAUGAAUAGUCGGCUUAUGUUGAAAGUAGAAUUUUUUUUUUUGAACAAAUGAGUAAAAGAAGGCCAAUAAAAAUGCAUAUUUAUAGAAUUCAGACAUGAAAAAUUCAUUGAAGAAAUUUGCAAAUACGAAGUCUUGGGCAGUAAUAUUGGUAGAUAGGAUGAGAUUGAUAAUUCAGUUUGUUUAUCUGUGUAUAAGGUCUAAGACUUCUCAUAUAAUGUCAUUCUUUUGUGAGUGAAAAAAAAACAACAUCAAAAUAUAUAUGUUUGGAUAUAACAAUUUUUGAUAUAUAUUUGUACUGUUUUGUCAUCGGUGAGCAUUAAGAAGUGAUAAGCGCUAUUUUGGGCUGUCAGUUGAAUGGCUGCCAUGUCUGUUUGAAUUUACGUAUUUAAUUGAUACAAAGUGCUAAAUGCAUUUUAAAAUAAUUGAAUCACAAUUUUCUAGACAGUCUAUAUAUGCAAACUGUCUAUAUUCACAGAAUAUCAGAUACGUCUGGGAGAAUCUUUAAGUACUUUCCUGACAGUUUUAAGUCUUCUGGAGUAAAUAGAUCUACAUUUUGAAGGGUAUUUAUCACUUAUAAAAUGAAAUGUUCUGUAAUGCUGGAAUACAAAAUAAUGUGUUCGAAUUAUUAUUGUCACGAUUUAUUUAUUUACAAAUCCAUCCUGUCAUUAUUUCAAUGUGAUGCUUUUCUCUUUUUUUUGUAUGAGCUAAUAAAAGUUUUUAUAGUA